AUGCGCCGCGUCUGCCUGGAUUCUCCACACCCGACGCGGUUCGUGGAGCACAUCUACAUUGAACUCAAGGAUAAAAUCUGUCUUGUAGCCCGGCUGUUCAUGCCGAAGGACGCGUCCUCGGAGAAGCGCUAUCCGGCCAUUCUGGAGUACAUCCCGUACAGGAAACGCAAUGGCACCCGCACCCGUGAUGAGCUGAUGCACGGCUUCUUUGCCGGCCAAGGGUACGUCUCAGUGCGUGUUGACAUGCGCGGCGCUGGCGAGUCCGAUGACCUACUACUUGACGAAUACCUCAAGCAGGAACAGGACGACGCUCUCGAAGUGAUUGACUGGAUCAGCAAGCAACCAUGGUGCACCGGUGACGUUGGGAUGAUGGGUAGGUCCUGGGGUGGCUUCAACUCACUGCAGGUGGCCGCUCGCCGUCCUCCCGCGCUGCGUGCCAUCGUCGUGCUCGGCUUCACACACAAUCGCUUUACCGACGAUAUCCACUGGAAGGGUGGGUGUCUGCUGAACGACAACUUUUGGUGGGGCUGCCUCAUGCAGGGUUUCCUGUCCUGUCCUCCCGACAGCGAUAUUGUCGGCGACCGCUGGAAGGACAUGUGGCUGGAGCGGCUGGGCAAGAUGACGCUGAACGCCGCCGACUGGGCUGAGCACCAGCGGUACGACGCUUACUGGCAGCAGGGGUCGAUUCAGGAGGACUACAGCUCUAUCCAGGUACCGGUGCUGCUCGUCGAUGGCUGGGCAGACUCGUACACGAACGCCCUCUUCCACUUGUUGGAGGAGCUGAAGGUGCCCUGCAAGGCUAUUUGUGGUCCGUGGGCGCACGUGUACCCGCAGGACGGCACGCCGCUACCUCAGAUGAACUUCCUGCGCGCAGCUACGGACUGGUGAGAUUACUGGAUGAAGGGCAUAACGGACAACAACGUGCCGAGCUGGCCGGCGCUCCAGGCCUACAUCGAGGAUUCGCUGCCGCCGUGCACGAGCAAGCCGGUGGCGCCUGGCAAGUGGGUGGCGAUGGACAAGUGGGUGAACGCUGAGGCGCCAACGGUUGCAUACGGCCUCGGAGCCCAACGGUUCUUGACAGAGAUAAGCAAGGACGGCGCCAACAUGGCCACCUGCACGGUAAUGGUGCGCACCCCACUGAAUCAUGGGCUCAUGUCCGGUGAGUGGAUGGGCGCGGGUGUGUUGGGUGAGACGGCCGGUGACCAGCGCAUCGACAACGGCUUGGCCGUCACCUACACCUCAGCCCCGCUCACGGCUUCUAUGGACAUCCUCGACCAGCCAACUUUCUCUGUGAGACUGACCUGCGAUCAGCCGAAGGGCUUGCUGUUCGCCCAGCUGUGUGAUAUUGCGCCAGGCGGGGCGGCCACCCGCAUCACGUAUGGCAUGAAGAACCUGGUGCACUGCGGCCCCGAGGGUGACAGAGCCAUUGCCUUGGUGCAGCCCGGGCAGGCGGUGCAGGUGACAGUGAAAAUGGACUUCUGCGGCUACUGCGUCCCGGCCGGUCACAGUGUCUCGCUCUUGCUCGCGAACAACUACUGGCCCAUGGUUUGGUGCUCUCCGGCGAACACGACGCUGCUGCUGGACGCCGCGACGGCCGUCUUCCUUCUGCCGGUGCUCCACCCAAGCGCCGCCAUUGUCCCUGGUCCUGAUCCGAUUCCAGAGGUGGCGGCCUCGACACCCAUGACGGUGAUAUCGCCCGGCUACGUGGACCGCUUCGUCUCAUAUGACAUCGUGCGAGACACCUGGACAUGCGUGACGAGCGGCGUCGGCGGCGUGUUCGGCGAGGGCAUCUUCCGUUUCGAUGACAUCGACACAACCCUGGAGCACAACCUGCGCCGCGAGCUGACACUCAGCAAUCGCGACCCGCUCUCGGCGCACUACACUGUUACUCAGAAGGUCAAGGUCAACCGGCCGCGUUGUGUCACGGAUGUGAAUAUUACGAGCACGCAGCACUGCGAUGCUGAAUACCUCUACAUUCGGUCCACUAUCAAGGCUACGUACAACGACGAGGAAGUCUUUGAAAAGAACCUCUUCCGCCGUGUGCGUCGGGAAGCCAUCUGA